AUGCUUCUCUAUACUAUAAUUAUUAUAAUUAUAUAUUUAACUGAUAUCGCCAAAUGUACCGAUUGUGCAAAUGAUCAGCUUCAAUGCAAUGACGGGAAGUGUAUUAUGCAGCACUGGCUUUGCGAUGGCGCUCGUGACUGUGCUGAUGGUUCCGAUGAAGCUCAUGAAGCUUGUGACAAGCAUAAAAAUAAAAAUUCGCCAUGUUUUGGCAAUCAGCCGGAAUGCGAAAAGCAUGGAUCUUCGCGAUGCAUCCCUCAUGAAUGGUUGUGCGAUGGGCAUCCGGAUUGCGAUAAAGGAGAAGAUGAAGAAAAUUGUUCAACGAUCCGCUGGUUUCGACCUCCCGAAUCGCUCGUUGAAAAUUAUGAGCGCAAAAAAGUGAAAGCCACAACAGCAGAAUACUGCCCGUAUGGCGAAUUCAAAUGCGCAUCCGGCGAAUGUGUGAAACGAGACAAAGUAUGCGACGGCAAAUUUGAUUGCAAUGAUAGAAGCGAUGAGAAGGAAUGCAAGGAAAAUAAUACAUCCUCUAGUACGCAAUUCCCGUUCACACCAAUUAUGGCAUUGUUGUUUGUGACGGCGUCGCCUGAAACACUUUCAAAUCACGUUCGUCGCAGCGAUGUGCCAAAACCGAUUUCAUCUCAAACCGUUGAGCAACUUCUAACGGAGCUCAAUUACACAACUCAACGAGAUUCCCCAAGAACUUUGAAGCCUGUUAAAUAUGUAAAAGGUAUUCCAAUAACACCUGUUAAUGAUACUGACCACUAUUAA